AAUGUGCACUGGCCCUUUAAGGGUUUAAGGAUUUGGGAGUGACGCGGAUAUGAAACCUAGUUUAUCUUUCCUUCCCUUCGCUAUGAAAAAUAUUUGGACAAACUAGACUAACAGCUGUGUGCACACGUAAUUGCUCAAUUAUGUUACCGGUUUACAUGACUUGUUGAAGGAAGCGACGCUUCUGCGAAGAAGUCUUAUUUGCUUCCCUCCCUCCCGACGCCGCCGCCUCGGGAUUAUACUCGAAUAACUUUGGAGAAGUUCUUUGUAUUCGGGGCGGUCGAGAGGCUUGGCCAGCGGGCUGAACAUGGACUGGGGCACCGAGCUUUGGGACCGAUGUGAUGUCAUCGAGAAGCACACACAGUCCGGCCUGGAGCUGGCGGAGAAGUAUGUGAAAUUUGUGAAGGAGAGGACAGAGAUUGAGCAAAGCUAUGCCAAGCAGCUGAGGAACCUGUCGAAGAAAUUUAAUCUAAAACGGAUCGGCAAAGAUGAGCAAGAUGGCAGGUUCACCAGCUACCAGUCGUUUAUGGACAUCCUGAACGAGAUGAACGACUAUGCCGGCCAGAGGGAGCUGGUGGCCGAGAACAUGCUGAUGAACAUUUGCGCCGAGCUCACCAAGUACCUGCAGGAGGUCAAGCUGGAGCGAAAGUCGUAUCUGACGGAGGCCAAGAAGGCCCAGCAGGCGUUGGAGAGCACCAGCAAGCAGCUAGAAACCAGUAAAAAGCGCUUUGAGCGAGAAUGGCGAGAAGCAGAACGCGCGGCGCAGUAUGCCGACAAGACGGAUCAGGACAUCAACGCCACGAAGGCGGAUGUUGAAAAGGCGAAACAACAAGCUCACAUGAGGGCGCACGUCGCCGAGGAGUGUAAGAACGACUAUGCUGCGCAACUCCAGAGGUUCAACAAGGAGCAGAAGCAGUUCUAUUUCACCGACAUGCCGCUCAUCUUUAAUAAACUGCAAGAACUUGACGAGAGGCGAGUGCGUAAGUUGGCGCAGGGCUACGUCCUGUUCUCCGACACGGAGAAGCAGGUGAUGCCAAUCAUCGGCAAGUGCCUGGACGGGAUCACCAAAGCCGGCACUAAUGUUAACGAGAAGAAUGACUCCAUGAUUGUCAUCGAGCAGAACAAGUCAGGAUUUGAGCGUCCGGGUGACGUGGAGUUUGAGGACUUUAGUCAGGGCAUCAAUAGAGCGUCGUCCGACAGCAGUCUGGGGACGCCCAAAGGCCCCAUGGACCUUUUGGGGAAGAAUCGAAGCAAAAACUUUUGGCUUUUCAGCAAAAAGUCAAAGAAGUUCACCCCAGAGAGGCUCGCCUCGCCCGCGGUGACUGAGGACUUCACCCACCUCCCUCCAGAGCAGCGCAGAAAGAGGCUGCAGCAGAAACUGGAUGAAAUUGGCAAAGAUUUGCAGAAGGAAAUAGAUAGUAGUGAGGCCCUGGGGAAGAUGAAGGAUGUUUAUGAGAAAAAUCCUCAAUUGGGAGACCCCGCCAGUCUGGCAUCCCAAAUCAGUCAGACGGCCCAGAAUAUAGAGCGUCUCAGGGGGGAGCAAAGCAAGUAUGAGAUAUGGCUAGCCGAGGCGGGAGGUCGAGGAGACACACCACGCUAUAAAUCCCACUCCUUCAACAACAACGACGGUCACGAAACGCUCAGCCCGGAUGGAGCGCACUCUGACGGAGGCACACCUGACCCCUCCCACGCCAUCUACGCAGAGUUUGACGAUGACUUUGAGGAUGAGGAAGUCACGGCUCCAAUUGGGACCUGCACCGCCAUGUACAACUUUCCCGGCGCCAGUGAGGGCACCAUCUCCAUGCAGGAGAGCGAGGUGCUGGCGGUGGUGGAGGAAGACAAAGGUGACGGCUGGACACGUGUACGUAGGAGCAACGGCGACGAAGGCUACAUCCCAACCUCCUACGUCACCAUCUCCCUCAAUAAAUGACACGCAGCGUGAGAGGACACAAACUAAAAACUACUUGCAUUCCUUCCCUACGGGAGCCAUCACGAUGCAACGACAGCGCUUAUGAGCGGGACCGGGAAGUAGGGAGGAGAAAAAUAAGGUAAUUGUCCCCAAUUAGCAAGAGCGUGGUGCUAACGAAUGCUCUUUUUGUCAUCGCCAGUUAACCACACCACAGAACACCACAGUGAUAUGUAACCUUUUCAAUGAACAAUGAAUGAAAACAUGUAAAUAUGCAACAUUUUUAUGUGGCUUUAAUAGCACUUGUGAGAGCAGGAAGUCUCUGAGGGGAAUGAGUGACAUUUUGUUUGUUGACAGCACACGUCCUUGUUGAGACAAUCGCAGCCAUAUCACACUAUUCUACAUCCCACCUAUAGCGGUAACAUAAAGGACAUAGGGCUUUUCUACUCAAUGUAAUUUAUUGCAAAUCUUUAUGUCCCAUUUGUCAGAUGUUGCGCUUUGAAUAAGGAUUUUUUUAAAACGUGCACACACACAUAGUGGCGGACAAUGUAGUCACAAAAGGGAGCAGAUAUAGUGGCGGUUGUAUUUAUGUAAAUAUAUGCUUUAGAUACCACUAUUGUCUUAUUUAACCUUUCAGAGGACGUCGCUAAUAAUGGUGAGGCUCGUCAUUUUCUUCAUACUUUCUGAAGUUGUUUUUAAAUGUUCUUCGAGAAAGCAUUUCUCAAGCUUUGGUGCCUUUCAGGUUGAAAUGAUUAUUAUUGUUAUUAUUAUUAUUAUUAUGUGUGUAUAUAUACCAUUUUUGCAUUAAGAUAUUUUCUUGGUUCAAAACUAAAUAAAUCUGGAGCACAUUUCAAAAGAUACAUGCCUCAUUUAUGCUCUUACAGAAUCAUUUGUUAAAUAUAUACACUAUUAUUUAUAUUUAUUUUAUUCUGAAUAUAUUUUAAAUAAUGGUCAGUUAUUAUAGUAUUUUUUUUAUUGAUAAAUUGAUUUGGUAGUGUGUUGUAUUUUUUAAAUACGUCUAUAACUAUACAAAUGUAUAGGUGUUUCAGGGGUCUCAAGGUCAAUGAAAUGUCAUUUACGCUUUAUUUUAUUAAAUUUCUACUAUGAAUAUAAUACUGUUUUAUACUGUUAAUAUAAUUUGACAAAUAAAAAAGCCAAGUUUAUUUGACAAUUAUGCAUUUUUGUAAUUGUAAAAAAAAAAAAAAAAAGAUGUAUACUUAUUUAAUUAGAAUAAUGCAUAGCUGUUUUUAAGGUGCCUCGAGGUCUUGGUAAGUAAGGAUAUACAUAUUUCAUAUUUUUCUGUUUGGAAAUUAACAUUUAUUAGAUAAUUAGAAAGAAUUUAGUGUUACACUGUUGUAAUAUGUUUAUAAUAUUCAUACACAUUUUUAUAUUCUAACACUUGAUUUUUAGAUUAGGUAUACUCAAGUAAAAUUCUGCAUGUAAUUUGAUCAUUAUUUAUAGGUUCCUUUUAGGUCUUUCAAGGCCCAGUUAUAGUAAUUUUUUCUGGAUGGAUUUUUAAUUUUUUCUAAAUAGACAUACUGUACAGUACAAAAAGGUCACUAGGUGGCACUAUUGCAUCUUUCCUAAGUAACAUUGCAUUCAAACUAUCUUCUUUGCAAGAUUAUGUUUUCAACACAGGUCUGGUGGCACAUUUGCAAGAUUCAUUAGAUUGCACAUUAGAUUUGGAGGAUUUAGAUUUAGUUUAAAGUUGAACUGAGUUCUUCUUAUAGCCAAAAGAACAUCCUGCUAUACAGGAUAAGAUCAUUUGAAUGCAAAGCCUUUAAAGGUCACACACUAUAUUCAUGGGGCUCCUUCUUUUGGAUGCUACAGAAUGUGCCAUGCUGGCACCUCAGAUGAUGAAUCCCAUAGGAUUCACAACUUUCACAACUACAACAACUUGUCCUACCCUUAAACUUUGAUAGUUUGUUACUUUUUCCCCAUAAGAAUGAAUAAAAAUUGAAUUAAUCAGCUCCCGGCUCAUACUCUGGCCAUCACGAAACCUUUAUUAGCUGUAGUGGUCAUGUUUUAAGUGUAAAAAGAAGUUAACUGCCACAAUAAAUUGCAUGCAGACCCUUAGCUUUGAUCAAUUUGCAAUGGAGAUGAUUAACAUAGUUUUGAUACAUCUACCUGAUCGCACAGCUAAUGACUGGGAUUACACUGCAGCGCUCCACUGGCUCGGAACGUUCACAAAAAGAAGAUAAAGAGCUGUACGACAUUAGCGGUCCACGCAGAGGGAAUAAAUCACAAAUUAGCUGCCUCGGUCAUAGGAUAUAAUGAGCAUUUUAUAAUAAAUGUUUUUAAAUUAUGUGUUUUUUUUACGUGAUGUCCUUUUUUUGCAUUUAGCAUGACUGUACAUAAUACAUGGAAAUGUUACAAAUGAAACUGAAGUAAUAUCUGCCCAUGUGGUUCAUUUAUAUUAGCAAAUACUAAGAACAAAAAAGGAAAAUAAUUCAGCCUUGAAAAAAAUUAAAUAUAUUACAAAAACAAAAAUAAAAUAUAAUUGACCCAUACAAUUAAGUAUUUUUUUUUUUUUUUUAUUUGUCAUAUUAAUUUUUGAUUCAUUUUAUUGUAAUUUUUAAAAUUAUGUUUAGCUUUAUGUCUUUUUUUUUCUUUCGAAGAAACGUGUCUGUACAUAAUAAUAAUACAAAAAUGUUUUAAAUGAAACUGAACUGAUAUCUGCCCGGUUGGUUCAUUAAUAAUAAUAGUAAUUACUAGGAAAAAUUAGAAAAAAAAUGAGUAAAAUAAUUCUGCCUUGAAAUAAAUAAAAUAGAGUUUAAAAAUUUACAUUAAAAAAACAUUAAUCAUAGUAAUUUUGGACAUAAACAAACACAUGGAAAAAGUAAAACAAAAUAAAAUAAAAAAAAAAUUGAAGAAAAUACAACCUUGAUACAAAAAAAAUGGAAGCAUAAAUACAUUUUAUAAAAAUAAAUAAAGAAAAAUCAAAUUAAAGAAACCAAACAAUUUGAGCCUUAUAAAUAAAGGAAAUUAAUGAAUUAUUGCAUACAUUAAUUAAUAACUAGAAUUAAGAGAUUGUGGUACAUGGUUUUGGUGGAGUUAAGAGAUAAAAUGCAUACACUUCCAGUAUGUUAGACUGCUAAUAAUAAGGACCAUUACUCAGCUCAGGCCAGUUAAAUAUGACGAUGACAUGGAAAUAAAAGGCUAUACAGCAGC